CUUCUGCCACCUCCGCGCCGUGCAAAAUGGUACAGCCCCAAUCGCAGGGUGGGGAGCAGUAUGGAUGAGAGCACAGAUUCCCUGUAACGGAGAAACACUGGGAAACGGGCAAGCAACAUGACUCGAGAUUGCCCUUGUGAAGGUUUCCACCUAGAAGGAUUACAACAAAAACGAUUGAUUUAAACUUAUUCAACAGCCAGAAGGGCACAGCGACAAGAAGGCGAGGACGCGAGUGAAGGAAAAGGGGAGCGGAAGCGGAGGAAAGAGGCGCGCCAAGAAGGCAACCCAGGGUAUCUUGACAGCAAACUCAGGAACUUCACUGCAUUUGGUGGACUUGAAGACGAGUCUGGACUUUUGGAUUGUGCUCGAUUGUGAUUACGUCUUCCUGUAGCGAGUUGCUUGACAUCGGAUUGUCUCACCGUUUGGAAACACAAUAGGCGGGCAGGUCGCUAGCGUCCUUUGAUGUUCACACGAGGAACGUUCGGCGUUUAACACCAACUGGAUUCGAAACUGUCAGCUUUUCUUCCCUUGUUCACCGCCGCCUGACACGUUGCGGCGCGUGUGGAGGUGGAUAUCCAGACUGAGGAACUUUUUGUGGAACUAUACAAGCUGAAGUGGACUGAUUUUGUGGAACUGCUAGUUGACAGCCAGACCUUCUGGAUUGUAUGUGGGCUUUUCUUUAUUCUCUGGUGGUAUUAAGGGGUUUAUGUGACUAACGGAGGCCUGCCACACUCUUCUGAUGGCCUGCUGAUUGACCACAACCCCUAAGACUCCUUUGAGCUUGGUCCGUACUGCUUAUGUGACAUUGCCAGCAGAUGACAGUGAGUGUCAGGGUUUUGAGGCGAGAGAUAACCUCUCUCUACACUGUCCUACACUGACCAGUGCCCAGUCCCCCAGAAAGCGCCUGUAAUUGGACCUAUUUUUAGAGAGAGGGAUGGGGUAAAAGCAGAAAGCUGGAAAUUCAACUCCCCUCCUUCUCUUCUGCCCCUUCCAUCAGCCCAUCCAGCAGAAAGCUGGGCAGCCUGGUUCCAGAGGAAUUGCAACGAAUUGUUUUACAAGAGGAUGGACAACAUCAAAAGUUAGAUAAACCGAAUGCAUAAUUGGAGUGAGAUUGGUCAAAACAGUUUUACAAGCCUAGGAAUCCCUGCUGCACUGGAUUUUAUUGCUAAAGGCCACUCUGGACAGAAAAAUCCCAUUUUGGAUUACAAAUUAAUCAUGUCUGAUGAACUACUUCUUUCCUACUUUGGGUUCAACCGACCCAGGACAACGUUCAUGCCAUUAGGAUCCGUGGCAGAGUAGAAAUCUUUUAGUAUUCUAGAAUAAAUAAUAGGACCUACUUUCGACUACCUAAAAUAAGUUACCAGCAAUCUGGAGCAGUGCAAACUUCCAUCUCAAAGAAACGAGCAAAAGUUACCCUGACUAACCAAAUAUUACCCACAUCCCCCGACCACACAGAAGAGAAUAUAUAUGUAGAAUGAGAUCUCUAUAUCUAUAGUGUAACUCUACAUCUUUUAUAUUUUUACGUAAGAUAGACAAGCUGCCUGUACACCAAUUGGUUGCCUUAGAAACCACAGUUACAAAGAAACAAGCUAGAGAAGACGGUGCCUUUUAAUUUGAUUGGUUGGUUUCCCACCAUUUCAAGAUUGACUGAGUCAGUUGGAUAAACUGUUUGAGCAAACUCUGGGAUUGAAAACGCGCCUCAUGAAGGUUACUUAAGACUCCCACAAAGGCUGCCCACCUGUGAAAUCAUUUGAUUGAUUGGGUUUCCCUUUUGGAUUGACCUUUUGCCAAGUGUUUCCAUGGUGAUCACAUCAUCAUCUGUCGAGGACAAGACUGUGCCCCCUUGCAGAAUGGUCCAAUCACAACCCUGGAUCCCCGCUUCCCUCCACCGUGACAAUAAAAGUGUAAGCAGCUCAGGAUGUCCGCCCACCUCCACCUCCUCCUCCUCCUCCUCCUCCUCCUCCUCUACUGCCCAGGGCUUCUCCCUCGCUGAGCCAGCCAUGACCAGCCAGCACACACAUACACACCCCUCCUUCAGCUCCAUCCACUCCAUGGCCGAACAGCAGCAGGUGCUGUCUGAUAUGACCAUACUCCAGCGAAGGAUCCCCCCUAGUUUCAGAGACCCUGCCAGUGCUCCAUUGCGGAAACUCUCUGUAGACCUCAUCAAAACAUACAAGCACAUCAAUGAGGUGUAUUAUACAAAGAAAAAGCGACGGGCCCAGCAAGUCCCUCCUGAAGAUAGCAGUACUAAGAAGGAGAGAAAAGUCUACAACGACGGCUACGAUGAUGACAACUAUGAUUACAUCGUCAAAAAUGGAGAAAAGUGGCUGGACCGCUAUGAGAUAGACUCGUUGAUUGGGAAGGGCUCCUUCGGACAGGUGGUGAAGGCCUACGACCACCAUGAGCAGGAAUGGGUCGCCAUCAAGAUCAUCAAGAACAAAAAGGCAUUUCUAAACCAGGCACAGAUUGAACUUCGCCUGCUGGAGCUCAUGAACAAGCAUGAUACUGAGAUGAAAUAUUACAUAGUCCACCUGAAGCGUCACUUUAUGUUUAGGAACCAUCUUUGUUUGGUGUUUGAGUUGUUGAGCUACAAUCUUUAUGAUCUGUUGAGGAACACCAACUUCAGAGGGGUCUCCCUUAACCUCACCCGGAAAUUUGCACAGCAGCUCUGUACAGCAUUAUUAUUCCUGGCCACUCCAGAACUGUCAAUUAUCCACUGCGACCUGAAACCAGAAAACAUCCUGCUGUGUAAUCCCAAGAGAUCUGCCAUCAAGAUAGUUGACUUUGGGUCGUCCUGCCAGCUUGGGCAGAGGAUCUAUCAGUAUAUCCAGAGCAGGUUUUACCGCUCCCCUGAGGUUCUGUUGGGAAUGCCAUAUGACCUGGCAAUUGACAUGUGGUCACUAGGAUGCAUCUUGGUAGAGAUGCACACAGGAGAACCUCUCUUCAGUGGCUCCAAUGAGGUUGACCAGAUGAACAAAAUUGUUGAAGUCUUGGGGGUCCCUCCCAGCCACAUGUUAGAUGCAGCUCCUAAAGCCAGAAAGUAUUUUGACAAGCUCUCCGAUGGGCUGUGGACAGUGAAGAAGAACAAGGACAUCAAGAAGGAGUACAAGCCCCCAGCCACUCGGCGUCUUCAUGAGAUUUUGGGUGUGGAGACUGGAGGUCCAGGGGGACGAAGAGCAGGCGAACCUGGACAUGCCCCCUGUGACUAUCUGAAAUUUAAAGACCUGAUCCUGCGCAUGCUGGACUAUGACCCCAAAAGCCGCAUCACGCCAUUCUACGCCCUGCAGCACAACUUUUUCAAGAAGACCACAGAUGAAGGAACGAACACGAGUUCAUCAACGUCCACCUCUCCUGCCAUGGACCACUCUCAUUCAACCUCCACUACGAGCUCUGUUUCUAGCUCUGGUGGCUCCAGUGGCUCCUCCAAUGACAACCGCAAUUAUCGCUACAGUAACCGAUAUUACAACUCUGCUGUGACACAUUCAGACUAUGAGAUGACCAGCCCUCAGGCUCCGUCCCAGCAGCAGAUGAGGAUGUGGCCAGGCAGUGAUGGUGGAGGUGGGGGUCAGGACCCAGCAUACACCCAGUUGCUGCUCCACAAGCCGGCCGCCUCCCAGCAACACCAGCGCCACUUCCUGGACCAGCCCCAUCAUCCUCACCCGACCUACUCCCACCACGGGAACGGCGGGCGCGGUCUGCGACAGGGCGGACAAACGGGCAUCGGCAGCGGGGGAGGCCAGCAAGGGUCCUCGCCCCAGAUGAGUGACAGCAUGGAUGUGGGCGUGUCCCUAGGGCUGCACCACCUGGGGGCGGUGUCUUCCAUGGAGGCGUCUCAGUUUGGCUCUGCCUCCCUACCCCUCGCUCUGCCAAUCGGACUGUCUGCCUUCCGGACUCGGACGGCCCCCACCGCCCCUGGGCCGCAAGCCCCGCCCCCUGAGGACUACUACCCUGCCUCCAACAACAAUAACCCCGCUGCAGGGGGCAGAGGGAGGCCGGACUCAGACGAGGGGCCAGCCAACUCUUGAUAAAACCUGAACCAUGCCCUAAAGCCAUACAAUUUUAACUACAACAACAACAACAACUACAUACACACAGCCAGAGUUCAGAGACAAAGACAUGAACUUUGUGCUGGAGGAGACAGUCUGUACUGCAUGAGAGGAGGAGGAUGCUGGGAAAACUCUCCUUUUUGUCUUGUUUUACUUUUUGUCUUUUGUUGCGACUGUCAUUUGAAAAGGAAUGAUUGUGACAAGUUUGUUUUUAUUAAUAUAAUUAUUAUUGUUUAAUAUUGAUUUUUUUUUUUUUCCUUUUGUGGUUUGAGGAGUUGCGUGUUCUAUUGGUUUUUUGAGCCUGGAGAGGAGGAGGAUGAAGAGGAGGGCCCUUGCUUUUCUGUUACACUCCAUUUGGAGGCAGAAAGUGGAAGGAGAGCACACUUUUCAUGUUUACAAAGUACAACAUUAGUAUGUUCUCAUUUACAGCGUUUAGAGGUGUGGUCAUGGCACACACACAGACACACACGUACGCAACUCUUUUCAACAGGAAAGACAUCAUGUGUGUUAUUCAGGACUCUUGGAUUUUCUCUCCUGUGUGUUACGCGUUUUUUUUGUUUUGUUGUUUUUUUGAGGGUGGGUGUCCUCCCUCUGUCACUCUCGGCCCGGUUGCGACGGGUGUACUGAGAGGGAGAGAGGCAGGUGGAGGGAAGAGAAGGUGACAGGACACUGAUGCCUUUCUGGCACUCACAGGAAUCUUCUCAUCCUCUCGUCUUCCUCUCCUCCUCAUCCUGUUGUUUCUUCUCCAGACAGGCUCCUCCUCUCUGUGCUGCUAAUCACCAUGACAACUGGUCCGGAUUGCUGCUAAAGAUCCAACACAGAUCAAUAAAGAAAUAAAGAGAAUAGAAACAGAAAGUAAAAUAAAAAACUUUUUAACCCUUCUGCUUAAGAGAAAAGGAUAAAGUAAGAACCACUGCAUCUCAAUGUAUUUAUUACUAUUUAACAAGAAAAAAACUGAAAGUAACCCUUUUUUCUGCUCUUUGUUUGGUUGCCUUCUUUCUGCAGGUGAACUCUGAUUGGCUAUUGUAACAGUGACAGUAACUGGUGACAUGGGAAUGUCACUGGUUGUGGGGACUGGGUGGUGGGGAGGGUUUGGGGCAAAAUAAAGUUGGAAUAUAUAAUAA